AUACAAUCUUCACAAAGUCAACAUCAAUGGAUCCUGAGUCCUUGGCUGUAGAUAAGCAGGGUAUCAAGCCACAAGUUACUAGGAAGGACUUCUUCACAAAGGAGUUUAGUCCUGUGAAAAAUGAACCUCAAGAUGGCUUCUCAGCUCAAUUCAAUAAAGUUAAUAUUGAUUUCCAGAAAUAAGGAGAGUAGAGAUAUUAAAUCAGUCAUGGAGACUAGGAAUAAGCUUAAGGCCCAAUUCUCAACAAGAAUUAAUACUCCUAUCUUCUUUGAACGCCAUGAGAAGAUAAAACCUGACACUAAGGAUGGCAACAGUAAAGAAAAAUUAAAACUUAUUAUAAAAAAUAACAUGAAUUUUGAUGACUCUAAAUCAGAGAUUAUAUCAUCUCCUAACAAGCAUCAAGAAGAAUAUAAAAUCACAGAGAAUUUAGUAUCCUCAUCUGCCAUUAAAUAAAGGGAUUGGACUGAGUCCAUAUAAGUCAGAUCAAGAACAGAAAACACCGAUGUCACCUCAUAUAAUUGAUAUAUCUCCAAAAUUUCAGAAAGCUCUUCCUCAAAAGAAGUCUCCAGUUAGGCCGGUGAGGAAAAAUCAGAAGGUGGACAUUAAUAAGUAUAAGAUAUCGAAAUAAAGAUGUUAUCCUUCAUGAGCUCUUAUACGGGUACAAGCCUAAAACCUCACGAGAGAAGUUGCCUAGGAGUCGAAGAACCCGAAGCCAAGAGAUCUCAAGGUAUACAAAGAUUAUAGUUCCAAAGCCAACCGAAGGCCAAAGAGUGGUCAAACCGGUCUUGUUAGGGAAGGGGCUUCAGAUAAUUGAAAAGCAACGGAAAAAUAACCUGAAAGAUUUAGAAAUGUUUAAGUCAAAUUCUGAUGAAGAAGUCCUUCCAGAUGACGAUAGAUGUAUCAAGAAGAUUCUCAACAUUAAAGUUGACAAGGACAUACAGAUUAACAAGUCAGAGUAUUCCAAAAUGAAAUAUCUUAAGAAGAAGUUCAAAAAGAAAAAGAGAAACCCGAAGAUCUUGAAGAACCAAGCCUUGAGCGACAGGAACCUCAAGUAUAAAGCUCUCGUGAAGAGCGAGAGUGUGAACCAGCUUCCACUUAAGAUACUGAAAAACCCUAUCUUUGCUCAGAACCGACGGAAGAAGCCAACUGGUCAAUUCACUGGAAGGAUGUUCAAGAAUCCAACUAAUUUACCCUUAUUUACGAAUAAAAGUAUCACUUCAGGAGUAUUAGGGAUUCAGGGAAAUCCUCGUAAGAGGAGGAAUUCGGUAAUUGACACCAUGAAAAGCAGGAAGGCUCUUCAUGAGAAGCAAUCAAGAAGGAAACUGAAGAAUUUAACAACUCAGACCUCUCCUGUACCUCAUAAAGAAGAGGUUGAGCCUAAAAUUGGCAACUAUUGUAUGAUUUUGCAUCCAGAUGAUAUAAAGAAGAUAUCUAUUAACCCUAACACAGCCAUGAACAUGAUAGACUUGGAGAACAAGAAGGUGUAUGUGAUCCCCAAUACUAUGAGCUACAAAUUUGAGAAUAUUAUGAUUAACGGACAAAAGCGAACAAAUGUGAUGUUUAAGUAA